CCCCACGACCGGACAGCGGAGUGUGCCGCUGUGCGGUGACUGCUGUGGAGAACUGGGGAGCUAUGGCAAAACAGUGAAAAGCAACACAUGGGACUACAGAGAGCUAAGCCAAACACCUGGUAAAUCAUCUCCUGACAGCUUGGGACAUACCGAGAGAAGACCAAAUUCAACCAUGGUUUCCAUCGACCAUGUAGCCCACAAGAUACUGACUUACAUCCCAUAUGUUCUUGUUUUGAUUGACAUGCGAUACGAGGGAGUCAAAUGCGGGAAGGAUGGAAGCGUCGACAAUCACAUGGAAAUGGGAAAGAAACUGCUUGCUGCUGGACAGCUGGCUGAUGCCCUCUCACAUUUUCAUGCUGCUGUGGAUGGAGACCCCAAGAAUUAUAUUGCGUACUACAGGAGGGCUACAGUGUUUCUCGCAAUGGGAAAAUCAAAGUCUGCACUACCAGACCUAAGCAGAGUCAUCGAACUCAAACCAGACUUCACAUCUGCGCGUCUUCAGAGAGGAAACCUUCUUCUGAAGCAGGGAAAGCUGGAUGAAGCAGAAAGUGACUUCAAGAAGGUGCUCAACUCCAACCCUUCGAACAAAGAAGAGAAGGAAGCUACGAGCCAGCUGGCAAAGGCCGAUGAGCUUCAGCGGCUUGUGGCCGAGGCGCACCGCAGCUACGGCAGCAAAGACUACCUGACAGCUGCUGCACAGCUUGAGGCAAUAAUUGAGACCUGCGUUUGGGAUGUGACCUCUCGUGAGAUGAGAGCAGAGUGCUUCAUUCAGAUGGGAGAGAUGGGGAAGGCCAUCAGCGACCUCAAAGCUUUGUCCAAGCUGAAGAACGACAACACCCAGGCUUUCUACAAGCUCAGCACCAUCUACUAUAACCUCGGAGACCACGAGAUGUCACUCAAUGAGGUGCGCGAGUGCCUGAAGCUGGACCCGGAUCACCAGCAGUGUUUCAAGCAUUACAAACAGGUCAAGAAGCUCAACAAACAGAUCCAGUCUGCAGAGGAGCAUAUCCGAGAGCAGAGGUUUGAGGAGGCAGUGAGUAAAUAUGAAGCCGUUAUGAAGACUGAGCCCAAUGUCCCCCAGUUCUCUGCUCUGGCCAAGGAGAGAAUCUGCCACGCACUUUCACAGGCUCAGCAGGGGGCCAGGGCAGUUUCAGUGUGUAGCGAAGUCCUACAGUCGGAUCCUGAGAACGUGAACGUGCUGAAGGACAGAGCUCAGGCCUACGUUCAAAACGAACAGUAUGAAGAAGCCAUUAAAGACUAUGAGACUGCAGCGAAACACAACGAGAACGACCAUGAGAUCAAAGAAGGCCUGGAAAAAGCUCAGCGACUUCUCAAACAGUCACAAAGGAGGGAUUACUACAAGAUUCUUGGAGUGAAGAGAACUGCCCAGAAAAAGGAGAUUAUCCGUGCUUACAGAAAACUGGCCCAACAGUGGCACCCUGACAACUUCCAGGACCCGGAGGAGAAGAAGAAGGCAGAGAAGAAGUUCAUAGACAUUGCUCAGGCUAAAGAGGUUCUCACCGAUCCAGAAAUGAGAACCAAGUUCGACCACGGCGAAGACCCCAUGGAUCCAGAGAGCCAGCAGGGCCCGUUCCACGGAGGUUUCCACGGCUUCCAAGGUUUCAACCCGUUCGGCUCCGGACCCUUCAACUUCAAAUUUAGCUACAACUGAGAAGUCUUGGUAUUAAGCAUAACUGGAGCGGAUUUUCCUUUCCUCCCUAUUUGAAAAGGAGAUCAUUGGCAUGAAAAAAACCAUGUCACUUCCUGGCUGUCAGAAAAAUGUGGAGCGAAUGGUGACUUUAAUUAAAAACUCAUCUCUGUUGUUGAAAAAUGCAACCUGGAGUGUCGCCUGGGGGGUGAGGCGGGUAGGUAUACCUGUAUCCGCCUUGUGUGAAGCAGCUUAUUUGUCAACAUGAAGUUCAUUCUGACACAUGGAUUGUUUCCAUGUGUCACACACUCUGCAAUUCACAUCCACUCAUCUGAUUAAAUUUAUUCAUAAACACUA